AUGGCUAAAUUGGGUUCUUUUUUUCGACGUUUAUUUACAUCAUUUAAUACUGAUGUGGAUUGUCCAUCAGCAACAACAACUACAACAUCAUCAUCAUCAAUAACUUAUUGUCAAAAAAAUGUAAUAAUUAUUCCACCAUUAACUCCACCAUUAAUAUCUAAACCAACAAUAUCAUAUGUAAAUCUACAUCCUAGUCGAUCAUGUUCAACAUCACCACGACCACAAUAUCGUGUAAUAACAAAACAAAAAACCUUACAUAUUGAUAGGAAUAAUAAUGGAAAUUCGAAAUCAAAUUUUCUUUCAUCAAAUACAACUAAAUCUACUAAUCGUCGUCUUAGUGCUCCUCUUAUUAUUCAUGCAUCUACUCAUCUUCAUCAGAAACAUCGAUCAGCAAUUGUUGAUCAGAAUAUGGAAGAAGCAUUGAUCUUUCCCUUACAACGUUUAUCAUUAACAUCAACAACAGGAACUUCUGUUCAUCAUCAUCAUCAUAAUAAUAGUGUGAAUAGUUUAGGUACUAGCGCUGGUUCACCUUGUCCAUCACCCCGUUUUGAUGUUCAUUCAUCAUCACUCAAUUUAUCACCAUCAAAUUCGAUUAAUAUGCCUAGUUCAUUUAAUAAUAUUUCACCAGCAUCCGGCACACCACCCUCACAAUUUGUCGUCGGUCCAUCAACAACAUCAUCACGUGUUAGUAUACCAUCAAAUAAUUCAACAUCACCAAAUACUGAUAGAAGAAUGUCUUUACAAAUGCGAGGACGACGACCAUCAAUGUUUGAUCCAAUCGAUCCAAAAGAAUUACAACAAGCAUUAUAUGCUUCGGCAGCUGCUAAAGCAACUAUAUCAACAAAUCCAACAAAUGAAGAUGAUUUAACUCGAGCAUUAUCUCAUAUAACUAUUAGUUAUGAUCGUGAUAGUGGACAUGUUUCGAUUGAUACAUUAGCAUUUGAAAAUCUUCAUAUGCUUGAUGGAUAUAUUAAUAAUAAUAAUGGUGAUUUAAUCUCAUUUUAUUGUCGUUUUCGAUUAUUACCAGAAAAACGUAGUUUAUUUCAAACAAAAAUAGUUCGUUUAACACGUCUUCAAUCAUCUUAUUUAUUUGAUAAAAAGCAAUUAAAUGAAUUUGAAUUAUCCUAUGAUCAAUUAAAUAAUCAUUCAAUUGAAAUAUUUUUAUAUAAAAUAAGUACAAUGAAACCAUUAUAUAAAGAUAUUCGUUUAGCUACAAUUAAAUAUGAUCUUAAUGAAUUAUCUCAAAGUGAUCAAUGUCGUAUGAAAAAAUCAUUCGAUGAAUGUGAUCCAUCAACAAUCGUUCAAGAUCCAGAUUUAGGUGAAUUACUUAUAUCAUUAUCUUAUUUACAAAGUGCUGCUAAAUUAUCUGUUGUUAUACUUGGAGCAAAAAAUUUACGACCAUUAACAAUUGAAACAAAAUCAUAUCCAGAUGUUUGUGUUAAAGUAACAUUAUAUGAUCGAAAUAGAAAAAAAAUUAAACGUAAAAAAACAAGUGUACAACGUACUUCUGAUUGUCCUACAUUUAAUGAAGAACUUGUUUUUGAAUUACGUCGUGAUAGUGCAUCAGAAGUUACUAUUGAAGUACGUCUUGUACAUGAAUCUUUAUCAUAUAAAGAACAACUUGGUUCAGUUAUAUUUGGUCCAAUUGUGAAUAAUAUGAUUAAAGGAUUAAUAUGUGCAGAAAAUGUUUAUUGGUCAACGGUAUUAUCUGGUGAAUCUCUUAAUGCACAAUGGCAAAUAUUGAAACCAUCGAUAAAAAUAGAUGAAUCAAAGUAA